CGCGCACUCCCGAUCCUCGGCAGCUCCAAGCCACCGGCAAUCGGCUUUGGGCCGGGAACCAAGGAUCGCGUUAAGUGCAAUCGGGAACCAGGAUCACGUUAAGGGACACCUAGACCUCUGACCAGCUACUGAUGGGCGGACUGGUGUGCGGUACUGUCACUCAAGCCCAGGAAGUGCUUCCUGUGCCAACGGAGGCGGGGAAAAGGAAGUCUCGCCUUCUGCCGCCCGGUCUGGGGCUGGGGCUGUCGGUUGUCGGUGGCCGUGUUCCUAGACGCCCCUCCCUGACUCUCCUGGCUCUUUCGGGGCCGACGGAGACUCGCCGCGGCUGCAGCGGGUCCAGGGCCUGGAGUUUUCUGUGACGUCUUAAACAUGAGCCCCACACAGUGGGACUUCCCUGUGGAGUUAUGUUGCCGGCCUAUGGCUUUUGUUACACUUACUGGCCUUGAUGUGGUGUAUAAUGCUGUCCAUCGAGCAGUCUGGGAUGCUUUCUGUGCCAAUCGGAGAGCUGACCGGGUACCAAUUUCUUUCAAAGUGCUCCCAGGUGACCAUGAAUACCCAAAAUGUAGAUCAAAGAGAACUUCGUAUGAGUGGUACAUUCCUAAAGGAAUCCUAAAGACCGGCUGGAUGAAUAAGCAUCUGAACCUCGUGCCAGCGCUGGUGGUCGUGUUCUAUGAACUGGACUGGGACGAGCCUCAGUGGAAGGAAAAGCAAUCUGAGUGUGCCACCAGGGUGGAGAUUGUCAGGCAAAGUUUGCAAGGGAGAAACACAAAAGUUGCAGUCGUCCUGAUUCAAAAGAAAACACCUUUACCCCCAGGGGAAGAUAUCAUUGCUUCUGAGCGGGCUGCAGCUUUAUGCAAUGUGUGUGAGCUCUCAGGCAAGUCUCUGUUCGUGCUGCCCCACACUGACCACCUUGUGGGCUACAUUAUAAGAUUAGAAAAUGCAUUUUAUGAGCAUGCCCAGACCUAUUACUACACUGAGAUCAGAAGAGUGAAAUCUCAUAAGGAAUUCUUGAAUAAAACAACACACCAGCUUUUGUUUGUUAGACAUCAGUUCAAAAUAGCUUUCUUCAGUGAGUUGAAACAAGAUACACAAAACGCCCUGAAGAAUUACAGGACUGCCUAUAACCUCGUACAUGAACUGAGGGCCCAUGAAACUAAUAUUCUGGAAAUUAAGACGAUGGCAGGAUUUAUAAACUACAAGAUCUGUAGGCUGUGUUUUCAACACAAUACCCCACUAGAUGCCAUUGCUCAGUUUCGAAAACACAUUGACUUGUGCAAGAAGAAAAUUGGGAGCGCAGAGCUGUCCUUUGAGCAUGCUGCGUGGAUGUCGAAACAAUUCCAGGCCUUUGGAGAUUUAUUUGAUGAAGCCAUUAAGUUGGGGCUGACAGCAAUUCAAACACAGAACCCUGGUUUCUACUAUCAGCAGGCUGCUUACUAUGCCCAGGAGCGAAAACAGCACGCAAAAGCCCUCUGUAACCAUGACGCUGCUGUGGUGUACCCCAGUCCUGAUCCCUUGGAAACACCAACAGGUGUUCUUGACUUCUAUGGACAGAGGCCCUGGAGACAAGGAAUACUAAGCUUUGACCUCUCAGACCCUGAAAAAGAGAAAGCAGGGAUUCUCGCCAUUCAGCUGAAGGAGAGAAGUGUUGUCCACUCCGAGAUGAUAAUCACUCUUCUGAGCAAUGCCGUUGCACAGUUCAAGAAGUACAAGUGUCCACGGAUGAAGAGCCACCUCAUGGUUCAGAUGGGAGAGGAGUAUUAUUAUGCGAAGGACUAUACCAAAGCUUUGAAGCUGCUGGACUAUGUGAUGUGUGACUACCGGAGUGAAGCAUGGUGGACUCUCCUCACAUCUAUAUUGACAACAGCCCUGAAGUGUUCCUACCUCAUGGCCCAGUUAAAAGAUUAUAUUACUUACUCUCUGGAACUCCUUGGAAGAGCUUCAACUCUGAAAGAUGACCAGAAAUCUCGGAUAGAAAAGAACCUCAUGAAUGUUUUAAUGAAUGAAAGUCCUGACCCUGAACCUGACUGUGACGCCUUAGCAGUAAAGACUGCUCAGAAGCUGUGGGCAGACCGGGUCUCUCUGGCUGGCAGCAAUGUUUUCACAAUAGGCGUACAGGACUUCGUGCCAUUUGUGCAGUGCAAAGCCAAGUUCCAUGCUCCCAGUUUUCACGUGGAUGUUCCUGUCCAGUUUGAUGUUUAUCUGAAGGCCGACUGCCCACACCCCAUUAGGUUUUCCAAGCUCUGUGUCAGCUUUAAUAAUCAGGGUUACAACCAGUUCUGUGUAUUGGAGGAAGCAUCAAAGGCAAGUGAAGUCUUAGAAAAUCUGACUCAAGGAAAGAUGUGCUUAGUUCCUGGCAAAACAAGAAAAUUGUUAUUUAAAUUUGUUGCCAAAACUGAAGAUGUGGGAAAGAAAAUAGAGAUCACCUCUGUGGAUCUGUUUCUGGGCAGCGAGUCAGGCAGGUGUGUGGUUUUGAGCUGGCAAGGAGGAGGAGGGGAUGCUGCUUCCUCCCAGGAAGCCCUGCAGGCUGCAAGGUCUUUCAAGAGGCGGCCAAAGCUUCCGGACGAUGAGGUUCACUGGGACAGCAUCAUAGUCCAGGCAAGCACAAUGAUCAUUUCCAGAGUUCCAAACAUUUCUGUACAUCUGCGACAUGAGCCUCCUGCUCUAAUGAAUGAGAUGUAUUGUUUGGUUGUAACUGUUCAAUCCCAGGAAAAGUCCCAAAUCAGGGACGUGAAGCUCACUGCUGGCCUAAAGCCAGGGCAGGAUGCCAACCUGACUCAGAAGACCCAUGUGACACUUCACGGAGCAGAGCUGUGUGAUGAGUCCUACCCAGCCUUACUCACCGACAUUCCUGUAGGAGACUUAAACCCAGGGGAGCAGCUGGAGAAAACAGUGUAUGUUCGCUGUGGAACAGUGGGUUCCAGAAUGUUCCUUGUGUAUGUUUCUUACCUGAUCAAUACAACUGUUGAAGGAAAAGGAAUUAUGUGCAAGUGUCACAAGGAUGAAACAGUGACAAUAGAAACUGUCUUUCCAUUUGAUGUCGCAGUCAGAUUUGUUUCCACAAAGUUUGAGCACCUGGAAAGAGUCUAUGCAGAUAUCCCCUUUUUGUUGAUGACGGAUAUUUUAAGUGCCUCACCUUGGGCCCUCACAAUCGUGUCCAGUGAGCUACAGCUUGCUCCGUCUAUGGCUGCAAUGGAUCAUCUGGAGUCCCAAAUAGACAAAGUUGUCUUACAGACAGGAGAGAGCGCUAGUGAGUGCUUCUGUCUUCGCUGCCCAUCUGCUGGGAACCUUGAAGGUGGAGUGGCAACAGGACAUUACAUUAUCUCCUGGAAGAGGUCCUCAGGCAUGGAAAACAUCCCCGCCAUCAGCACCAUCAUCACACUGCCUCACGUGAUUGUUGAAAACAUCCCUCUCCAUGUGAACGCAGACCUGCCCUCGUUUGGACGAGUCAGAGAGUCGUUACCUGUCAGGUAUCACCUACAGAAUAAGACCGACUUGGUUCAAGAUGUGGAAAUUUCUGUGGAGCCCAGUGAUGCCUUCAUGUUCUCAGGCCUCAAACAGAUCCGAUUACGUAUUCUACCUGGCACCAAACAGGAGAUGCUAUAUAAUUUCUAUCCUCUGAUGGCUGGGUACCAACAGCUACCAUCGCUCAACAUCAACCUGCUGAGGUUUCCCAACUUCACCAACCAGCUGCUCAGACGCUUCAUACCAACCAGCAUUUUUGUGAAGUCAAGAGGGACCCCUGGACUCCUUGGGCAGCUCUGUCAUCUGUUGGAGAACCUACAGUUCCACAGAGUAUGCAUCUUGAAAUACACCACAGGGUCGACUCUUGGAGGACACCUCCAUCGCUGCUGCAUGAUGUCCAGGACCAGCUCUUGGUGUUCUUACGGAGGAGUCAAGAGAGUACCCGGGAGGUGUACUGUGACUGUAGCUUUGUUCGUGGUGAAAAGUUAAUCCUGCCUGUUUUUUAAUGGACAUAAUAUCAGCUCUUCAGAGAACUCAUGGUUAAAAUAUUGAGGAAAUCAACUUCUCUAGUUUUACUAAUAAAGUUUGAAAUGUGUCAGUGUGAUGUGAAAGGUGUCAGGUCAUCAUUGCUGUUAGAAGUCCUUUCAUGGUUAGCACAAUGUGCCUUGACAUACAGCAUCAGUAGAACAGAGACCAAGUGUGGCUGACAGAGGAGACACAACUCAUCCGGGUCUGCCUGCAAGUGACCCACCCCAUAAGUCCCCUGUGUGCUUAGCGCAUACACAGCAAGUAGCACAGGUCUGGCUGAAGGACAGACCUUUAGGGGAGGGGCUUCAUUAGAGCAGUUGAAAGGUGUAAGAGUUUUACUUACUGUUGGAAAGUUUCAGACUACGACCCACACAUGCUUUUGUGUGCAUCCUGAGAGGACCUGAUGAUAGGCUUAAUUAGUAAACGAAAAGUCUGUGAGAAUGAAACAUUGGAGUGUUCAGUCCCAUUACGUCACUUCCUAAGGGCGAUCGAUUUAGAAUGACCUUUAAGUUCAUGUAAAUGGAAACAGAUCAUAUGGUGAACAUUUUCUUUGUAAAAUAUCUUAAUUUAAAACUACAUAAUUUCUUGGAAAUUUGUACUAUGCAGACUGCGGGCAUAUUGUAAAAAGGAAAUAGUGAUGUAAAUAAAAUAUGUUCUCUUUCA